CACACAACUCAAAAUUACACUAAACCCUCUCAUGUAUUCCUUUGUCAUCUUAUCUCUACUAACUCUCGCCCUCCUCUUAUUGGUAUCCGCCAUCUUCUUUCUCCUCAAAGCUUCCCGCAGCAGAGCUGCUUUGUACAGGCAGAAACUCUUAUCCGAAUCCGAAACCAAACUCGAACCAGAAUCGUCUCUAUCGGAGAUUUCCGACGAAACCCAGUACCAAACCCAUGAAAAUGACCCGACCCAUUUGACGAAUUCGCGACUCUACGAGUUACUGCUCUCCGAUAAGAAGGAGGAUUCGGAUUGGGAAGGAGAUCAUGAGAAAAAGAAGAAGAAGAAGAAGAAGCGAGGUAAGAAGAAGAAAUCAGACCUAAGAGGAGAUGAAUCCGGCGGCGAAAAGCAGCUCGGCGAAGGAGAUGGGGUGGUUUUAAAUCCGAGGACGGACUCGAUUUCGAUUUCGGAAAACAAACCGGAGUUUGUUUGUUUGUACCCUUUUACAUCGACGAGCAGUGCUACGCAGAGGAAGAUUAAGCAGCAAUACGAUCAGCUUGUUAAAUGCAAUAAUGCCAAAGGAUUGACACUUGCUCAGGUUGGAGAGUUUGCUAAUUGUUUGAUAGAAGCCAAAAAUGAACUACAGCACAAGUCAGAAGUAAUCAAGCGCAAGUUUUCAAUAACAAAAGCCCUUCUCUUCAAGGCUGAUAGAUCUUCCUUUGACCGACUUCGUCAACAGAUCUAUAAGCUAGAGAUGGAACAAAAAAGAGUAGAAGAAGAUGCACUUGUAUAUAAUUGGCUCCAGCAACAGCUAAAACUUUCACCUGCAUACAAAAAGGUUCUUGAAAUAAGCGCUUCCAUGGAACUCAAAAACAAAUCGGGUAUAGAGUUAGACAAUCCAGAUGAUGAAUUUUCAGACAUCUCCUUUGAAGAGCUAUUGGAACAGGAGAAGAAAGACUCCUUUUGGGUUUACUCUUCCCUGCAAUCUACUACUCCCUCUACCAAAGAUGAACUUGGAACUGUUAGCAUUGGGUUUCUUGGUAUGGGAAUCAUGGGUUCUCCAAUGGCACAAAACCUCAUCAAAGCUGGGUGUGAUGUGACUGUAUGGAAUCGAACUAAGAGCAAAUGUGAUCCUCUCGUUGGAUUAGGAGCAAAGUACAAGUCUUCUCCUGAAGAAGUGACUGCAACUUGUGAUCUCACAUUUGCAAUGCUUGCUGAUCCUGAAAGUGCAAUUGAUGUUGCCUGUGGAAAGAAUGGAGCCGUAUUUGGAAUUAGUUCAGGAAAAGGGUAUGUUGAUGUCUCAACCGUUGAUGCUGCCUCAUCGAUUCUAAUCAGCAAGCAAAUAAAGGAUACCGGAGCAUUGUUCUUGGAGGCACCAGUUUCAGGUUCCAAAAAGCCUGCCGAAGAUGGGCAGUUAAUAUUCCUCACAGCAGGUGACAAGCCGCUAUACGAAAAAGCUGCUCCUUUCUUAGACAUCAUGGGAAAGUCAAGAUUCUAUUUGGGUGAAGUUGGUAAUGGAGCAGCAAUGAAACUUGUUGUCAACAUGAUCAUGGGAAGCAUGAUGGCAUCAUUCGCGGAGGGAAUACUUCUAAGCCAGAAAGUUGGACUCGAUCCAAAUGUACUGGUCGAGGUUGUCUCACAGGGAGCUAUCAAUGCGCCAAUGUACUCGCUAAAGGGUCCUUCAAUGAUCAAGUCAGUGUACCCGACGGCUUUUCCAUUAAAGCACCAGCAGAAGGAUAUGAGACUCGCACUUGGACUAGCGGAAUCCGUAUCUCAAUCUACACCGAUUGCAGCUGCUGCGAACGAGCUUUACAAGGUUGCAAAAUCUUAUGGGUUGAGCGAUGAAGAUUUCUCUGCAGUAAUUGAAGCACUGAAAGCUGCAAAAUCCCGAGACUAAAGAUUUGUUUAUUUUUUCUCUGUUCAAUCAUCAAUGUGAAAGUGUGUUUUAUUUUUUUGGUAUGAAGAUUUCAUCUUUUACAACAAACUGUCAAUUGGCAA